AAAAAACAGGAAACAGGUCCCCAACUUACAGUAGCGCUCUAGCUGCUAGUUGCUGCUAGUGGCUGCUAACAGUGGUUAGCAGUAGCACUGUACCAGUAACACUUGAAUUUUAUGAUUGUAUUAGUAUAAACGGGACGGAAAUAGGAAGACUCCUAUUGUCAAAGUAUUCCAUUCAUAAUAGAAAAACUAUACAAAAUGGCAGAAAAUUCUAACAAUCCGUAUGAUAUUAACGGACAGCAUUUCAAUCCCGAUAUGUAUUUCCAGAAAUUAUUAAAAGAAUGUACAUUGAAACAAAUUAUGGAUCACGAAGCUGAAAUUAUAAAAAAUACCCAAACAUUACACUCUGAUAUGCAAACAUUAGUAUAUGAAAAUUAUAACAAGUUUAUAUCUGCAACCGAUACUAUUAGAAAGAUGAAAACUGAUUUCAAAGAAAUGGAAGAUAGUAUGGAUUUAUUGGCAAAAAAUAUGGAUAGCAUAACUACCUUUUCAGAACAAAUUUCAUCGACAUUGCAAGGGACUAGACAACAAAUUGCUAAACUAUCUUCGGUUCACGCUCUGUUGAAAAAAUUGCAAUUCCUCUUCAAGCUGCCUGGUAAUCUGAAAGAUAGAAUGAAUGAAGAAAAUUACGCGCAGGCAGUACAAGAUUAUAUUCACGCGCAACGCGUCUUAAAUCAAUACGGGAAUAUGCCUUCGUUCCAAGGAAUACAAAAAGAUUGCGAAGAUAUAUUACACGAACUUAAAUCGAGGCUGAGAAUGCAGUUUCAUAAAAGAGAUUCAUCGACUAAGUCUUUAGCUGAAAACGUAGAUCUCCUACUACAAUUAAAAGAACCGGCCGAUUCUUUGUGCGCUGAAUUUUUAACGCACGCAGAUGGACGACUAACAGAACAGUUAGAUAUUUUGAAGGACAUGUGCGAAAAUGAUAUUAUAGAAUUUGUUGACACGGCUAGUUCUGGAUUUCUUAGCGACUUGUGUCUAAUUGUUGCAUCUUACAAUGAUCUGUUUGUAAACAGACCACCUUUGGAAGACAACGAGUUUACCGAUGAUUUUGAUACAAAAGCUCUUGCACGUUUAAGUAAUUUUAUCAUGAAAAACAUGAAAAAGUACUUUGACCUGAUUGGGAAGAGAGUGGAAAAUAUAGCCGAUACAGCAGUUUUAGUGAGAGCCUUGGAUAAGUUUCAUAGAAGAUUACAAGCUAUAAAUAUGUUGUGUGACGAAACAGACUUUACAAGAAUAGGUACAGAGAUUAUUAUCAGUGCAGGUAGAAAACAAUGUCGUAAUCAUUUAGAUAGUUUGAAACAACACUUGAGCGAAUCGCUUGUUAAAGUAAGGCAAAUAUUGGCAGCAAAAGUGUCUCAAGAAGGAGACGGUAGCUUGGCAGAACUUGAGGCAUUGCUCGUCAUGCCUACCAUUGAGAAAGUUAAAGGAGUUUUACAAGAUUUAUUGGUCUUUCUACAACCAGAUCUGUCGUUUAAUUUAAAGACGCAAUUUCUCCAAAACUUUAGCGUGGACGAAGUUAGAGAAGGACUGAUUGUUGGAUUUUUACAUCAUUUAAUGGCAACCGCAAGCGGAUUCUGUACUGGAUCCGAUGUUCCAAAAUUUCCGCCUACUCUUUUACUUCUAUUAAGUAAAAUGUGUAUCGAAUAUAAAGAGAAUAAUAUAAAAUAUUUGCUUACAACAACCGACGAUUUAUUCAAUAUCGAACAAUAUACGACGUCUGAUAACGCGAUUACAAUGGAUUCGGAGAUAUGCGAGAAUUUUCAGGAAGCUGCACAGAAUUUAUUAAAUCACUACGUUCGCAUUCAAGGUUUAGCGGUGUCACAAAUGUUACGAAAAUCCGUCGAGACCAGAGAUUGGCUCCACACAAUUGAGCCGAGAACAGUUAGAGCUGUAAUGAAAAGAGUUGUGGAAGAUGUAACGGUGAUCGAUACUCAAGUGGCCGCUUUGUACGACGAUUCCGACGGUCAAAUCGAUAGAAGUAGCGAUAGUAGUAGGAAAACUCACAGCGUGAGCGUAUCGAGGCAUCACUAUAGGUCUAGUUGGUCGUCGUAUACGCCCAGUCACAUAGAUUCCUCCUUGGUGACGAAUAUUCAUAAAUUAUUCUCAGAGCGCAUCGAAAUAUUUUCAUCGGUACAAUUUAAUAAAGCCUCCAUCCUCACGGGAAUCAUCAAAAUAAGUUUAAAGACUUUCCUGGAAUGCGUAAGAUUACGAACAUUCAGUAAAUACGGACUGCAGCAAAUUCAAGUAGAUACUCAUUAUUUACAGCUAUAUUUGUGGAGAUUCGUCUCCGAUGAAAACGUCGUUCACUUUUUGCUGGACGAAAUACUUGGAAGCGCUGUUCAUAGGUGUUUAGAACCAGUUUUAAUGGAACCAAGUGUCGUCGACAUUAUAUGCGAAAGAGGAUAAACUUGUGAUUGACUUAAAUCAUACUAUUAUCGUUAGCCGUAUAGAAUACCUACCGUGUAUAUUAUUGUAUAUAAUUCGUAUGCGGAUGUUUUAACUAUCGAUAGUGUACAUUCCAUGAAUAAAGUUUACGGUAAGAG